CUUUUAAUUUCUCCGUCUAAUGCCAACUCUUCACCUCACCUUAACAAUAUAUAUUCGUGUAGUCGGUUCGCCCUCUGCUCGCAUGUCUUAACAAUUGUCUUUUCUUUUUACACACAAUUUUUUUAUAGUUUAAUUUAUUAUUUUGUUGCACAUUUGUUAGAAAUUACAAGAUGAAGUAUUGCCAAAUAUGUUUUUGCCUCUUGCUGAGCGUGUUUAAUGUUAAUUCCAUUAUGUUCUACUUGCCACCGAAUGCACAAAAAUGUCUGAGAGAAAAUUUGAAAAAAGAUGAUCUCGUCAUUGGCUCGUACGAGGUGACUAUGGCACCAAAACAGCACGUCGACUAUAUUGUAACAGAUUCGAAAGGUCAUACUCUUUCCCAAGGCAGUGACAUAGGGAAAGGAAAGUUUACCAUUGUAGUUGAAACAGAAGAAACAUACGAAAUUUGUUUCAAAUCAAGAGUUGAGAUCAAUCAAAGAGGUGUGCAACAGGAAGUCUCGUUUACAUCAAAGCUUGAAGUUAAAUCUUAUGAAAAUCUUGGAGAGGCUCUAAAGUUAAAGCCCAUGGAAGUCGAACUGAAAGCAUUAGAACAGCUUUCCCAUUCAAUUGUGAAGGAUUUUGAAAGCAUGAGGGAGAGUGAAAUCAAAAUGAGCAAUACAAAUGAAUCAACAAACAACAGAGUCAUUUACUUUAGUUUCUUUGGUGUAUUUUGUCUUUUCUGCCUUUCGACUUGGCAAGUGUACUAUUUCAGGAAAUAUUUUAAGUCUAAGAAGCUUAUUGAAUGAUUUGUCAUUUAAUUUAAAAUAUCGAUGAUAAACAAUUGCAUAAUACAUUUUUGUACAUA